GUUCACCUCUCCUCCUUUCCACAGCCUCUAUCCUCCCCUGCUCAACAAAACAUAGUUUAUGAUCUCAGAUUAAAGGAAAAAAAGUGCCACCAUUGUUCCAUUUGACAAGCAAGGAAUGGAAGGAGAGGGAGGAGAGAGAGGCGAUUCUAUUCUCUCUCCCAAGUUCUCCCCAUCUCCUCCCUUGCUUCCUCCAUCUCCAUCUCCAUCUCCAUCUCCAUCUCCCUCACUGUUCUCUAAACAUCAAAGUCACCAUCCUUUUUCUGUUUCUCCCUGUUCAAGAACCCUAACAUCACCACUAUGGCUACAACAUUUGGAUAAAGAGUUUUCCUCUUCACCAUCCCUUUGUUAUAAAUAGCUCACUCCCAUUUCUCCCAAAUCCACCUCUGAGUUCUCUUCACUCCCCUCCUCCGCAGGGUAUACUUACCCACCCCCCCAUCAUUCCCACCAAGAAUGCUCCUACUCACCCACAUUCUCCUUGUCUUCCUCUCCUUCCCCCUUCUCUUGGCUGCGACGCCCUUCCACAACUCUUCGCUCCAUCUGCACGCCCACCCCGACCCCGAUUCCGUCGCCCGGGAAGUCCACAGGCAGGUGGAAUCGUCCCGCCGGCGCGCUCUGCUGGCGGCGGGCGUCAAGGAACAGCAGUGCCUGACGGGCAACCCAAUCGAUGACUGCUGGCGGUGCUCGGGCACGGACUGGCGGCAGGACCGGCAGCGCCUGGCGGACUGCGGCAUCGGGUUCGGGCGGGACGCCAUGGGCGGGAAGGGCGGGCCGAUAUACGUGGUGACGGACCCGUCGGACCAGGACCCGGUGAACCCCGCCCUGGGCACGCUCCGGUACGGCGUCAUCCAGGAGGGCCCCCUGUGGAUCAUCUUUGCCGGCGACAUGACCAUCCACCUCAAUGAGGAGCUGCUGGUGAACAGCUUCAAGACCAUCGACGGCCGAGGCGCGGUGGUCCACAUCGCCGGCGGCGCCUGCAUCACCCUCCAGUACGUCUCCAAUGUCAUCAUCCACAACGUGCACGUCCACCACUGCGUGCCUGCCGGCGAGGCCAACGUGCGCUCGUCCCCGACCCACUACGGCUGGCGCACCCGGUCGGACGGCGACGGCAUCUCCAUCUACAGCGGGCGCAAGAUCUGGGUGGACCACUGCGAGCUGUCCUCCUGCACGGACGGCCUGAUCGACGCCAUCAUGGGCUCCACGGGGAUCACCAUUUCCAACAGCUACUUCUCGCACCACGACGAGGUGAUGCUGCUGGGGCACACAGACGGCUACCUGCCGGACUCCGCGAUGCAGGUCACCAUCGCGUUCAACCGAUUCGGGGAGCAGCUGGUACAGCGCAUGCCCCGGUGCCGGCGCGGCUACUUCCACGUGGUGAACAAUGACUUCACGUCGUGGGAGAUGUACGCCAUCGGCGGCAGCGCCAACCCCACCAUCAACAGCCAAGGCAACCGCUACAUUGCCCCCGCCAACCCCAACGCCAAGGAGGUGACGAAGAGGGUGGAGACGGAGGAGAGCGAGUGGAGCGGGUGGAAUUGGAGGACGGAAGGGGACGUGUUGGUGAACGGGGCCUUCUUCGUGCCGUCCGGGGAGGGAUUGGACGCCAAGUACGCCAAGGCCGAGAGCCUGGACCCCAAGUCCGCCGCGCUCAUCGACCAGCUCACCCUCAACGCGGGCGUCCUCGGUGGCCCCAGGGACAACGGCGUCGGAACGGCGUACUCGGGAGUCAACUACGGUGGGUCCGCCGCGACGGCCGACGGUGGAAGCGGGGCCAGCGGCUGGGGAGUAGGGUACGGGCCACUGGGGAUGGUGUUCGGUAGCGGCGCACCAGCGCCCUCGAGCCGCGACUCUAUUGUUAUGAUUACUACUACUCUCUUGUCUGCCUCUUUGCUCGUUACUACCUUCUUCUCUCUGCAUCCUUUGUAGACCAUUACAGUGGAAUAGAAAGAAAGCAGGUAUAAGUUAUCUC